AUGGCAGAUGGUCACCGACAUCUGCUGCAGCCGUUCUCGAUCCCGAACCCGCUCUCAGUGCAGUACGGCGGCUCGAACAACCCCGUUGCUAACGGCUUCUUUCUGAACUCCCUCCUGAGCCAUUUUGCUGCCGACCCCACCACUGCCUCCAAACCGGACGCCCAAGGCCAAAACACUCGAGGCAUGUACGGUCAGAACCACCAGCAGGGCCACAACUCCAGGCUCAAUGGGGCUCCGGGGCGGCAGGCCAUGCCCAUGCUCUAUAGCUUCCAGCAGCAGCAGCCAGGCCACCCCCACCAGCCCCAUGGACAGCACCACCAGGUCAUCCAGCAGGACCACCCGGGUCAUGGCGGCGGCAGCAGCAUGAUCGGUCAUUCUGUAUUCUCGAGCGGCGUCCUUUCCAACACUAGCCCAUUCUCUGGAGGCAACAUGCAGAAUGGCCAUUCGUCAACAACGAGGGGCGGCCAAGCUCAGCAGAUCAACGAGCACUGGGCAGAGCAGCUACGGCUACACAAGGAGGCGGAGCGGGCAAAUACUACAAUGAUGGAGCAGCAUCAACCUAACUACUUUGCGCGGCUGAAGGCGUCUGAAAAUAGGGGGAUUGGCGGCGCGCCUCUCCCCGCCGGGAACUCGACGCUUACUGCGGACGGCGAGGACGAUAGGAGGAGACCUUGGAGCGUGGAAAAGUCCAAUGUUAGGCAAGAGUGGCAUCAGAUGGACCUGAGCGGCCAGGGCUUGCGCAUUCUCUCUCCCCCGCUCUUCAGCUACACCUUCCUCAAGGAGCUCUACAUCGCUUCAAACAGAUUGACAUAUCUGCCCGCCGAAAUUGGAAAGCUCCGCAACCUGCAGCAUCUAGAGGCGUCGAACAACCUGCUCUCCGAGCUCCCUCCAGAGAUUGGCAUGUGCACUAAUCUGAAGACGCUGCUACUCUUUGAAAACCAAAUCCACGAGCUCCCUUUCGAACUAGGAUCUCUGUACCGUCUAGAAACGCUUGGCAUCAAUGGCAACCCUCUAAAUCCGGCUCUGAAGGAGGAAAUAGUGGAACGCGGUACCAAGAGCUUGAUCAACACACUUCUUGAACAAGCGCCAGUACCGCUCCCUCCUGCUCCCCGGAAGCCGAUCGUUGUACAAGAGGACGUGUCGCAAAACUUGGAACGCGUCAAGUUGUUGACGUGGAAUAUUUUGUGCGACAAAUACGCGACGACGACGCUGUAUGGCUACACUCCGACGGGUGCUCUAUCGUGGGAAUACCGAAAGGAUCGGAUCAUCCAGGAAAUACGUGAGAGAGAUGCCGACAUCUUGUGUCUCCAGGAAAUUGCGACAGACGUCUUCCGCGACUUUUUCAGCCCCGAGCUCGCGCAGGAUGACUACAAGGGCAUCCAGUGGCCGAGACCUAAAGCGAAGACGAUGUCGGAGAAGGAUGCGCAGGCUGUUGAUGGAUGCGCCGUCUUUUACAAGGCCUCCAAGUGGAUACUGCUUGACAAGCAGCUCUUGGACUACGCAAAUAUUGCCAUCAAUCGUCCGGACAUGAAGAACCAGCAUGAUAUUUUCAACCGGGUCAUGCCCAAGGACAACAUUGGUGUCAUUUGCUUUUUUGAGAGCAGGCAAACCGGAGCGCGCAUCAUUGUGGCAAACACGCAUCUGGCAUGGGAGCCAACACUGGCCGAUGUCAAGCUAGUCCAGACGGCAAUCCUCAUGGAACACCUGACAAAGUUGGCAGAGAAAUAUGCCCGGUGGCAACCCCUCAAGGACAAAAGGAUGAUUCAGGUACCAUCCUCUAUGACCGAGGACGGGGUCGAACCGAGGCCCGACUUGCCGGAUCCGGCACCGUCACAAGAAUACCGGAACAACACCGAUAUCCCCCUUCUUGUGUGUGGCGACUACAAUUCCACGUACGACAGCAGCGUUUACGAGCUCUUGUCCAUGGGACGCGUUUCGCCCAACCAUAGCGACUUCAACAAGUACCAGUACGGGAACUUCACGCGUGACGGGAUAGAGCACCCCUUCAGCAUGCGGUCUGCCUACGUCCACCUGAACGGCACGCCGGACGAGUUGCCCUUUACCAACUACGUGCCGGGCUUUGCCGAGGUGAUUGAUUACAUUUGGUACUCGACAAACACGAUGGAGGUGGUGGAGCUCCUUGGGCCCCCGGACCAGCAGCAUCUCAAGCGCGUGCCCGGCUUCCCAAAUUACCACUUCCCUGCCGACCACAUCCAAAUUAGCGCCGAGUUUGUGAUCAAGGCAAGGAAAGACAAAAAGAUGCUGACGGAGCCCGAUUUUGGAUCAGGUAGCAAUGACCGAAGAAACUAA